AUGGGAGAGUGCAAGCCUCGAAGGGCUCCCGUGCCGCUGCCUCGCAGCGAAUCGGAACGACAGGCCGAGGCUCCUGACCAGCUUCAGUCGUUCGAACUGCCGCGUCCAAGUACUCCACAGCUGCAACUCGAUCGGUCCAACUGCCCGCUGGUCUUCGAGCGCCACAACUUCGACAGCAAACCGGAGGAGAAGCAGCACUGGCGCUACACCGCGAUUGCCUUUAUCGACAUCCUGUCGCAGUGUCUUGGACUGAGCAGCGACAUUGCGCUCACUGCCUGCAUCUUCUUCCAUCGCGUCUUCAAUCGCGGCAUCUACGCUCGAGAGCGCUACAAAUUCGCCGCAGCUUGUCUUUUCCUCUCGGCCAAGGCGUCCAGCAAGCGGAUGAAGUUGCUGCGUAUGGUGCGAGUCAUGUACGACAUCUUGGAGACGCCGCUGUUUGCUGGCGACGAGGAGCUGCUGGAGAUCGAGCGGGUGCAGCUGCUCUACUACGAGAUGGAAGUGCUCCAGGGAAUUAACUUUGAGCUGACAACGGAGAUGCCCUUCUACUAUCUCCGUCGAGUGCUCGAGAAGAUGCCGGAGAAAUUCCGAGACUCCAUUAAAGAAGAUGCGCAGACAGCUCUCGAGGAAUUAUUUUUCCUGCCAGUUUGUGUGGAUAUUUCUCCGCAGCUGCUUGGUGAGGCAGCGGCGUACAUCGCGACGUGGAACAAAGGCAAAGACUUCAAGUUUAAGUGGUGCAGUCCGAGCGUAGAAGGACGCACUUUCAACGAGCGGACAGCAAGGGAUGCACUGCGAAGCUACCGAGUACUUCUGAGAUGGAAAAAGAGUCAACAGGCAGAAUUUGAUGCGCUGGUCAAGUCAGCAAGUGACUUAGAAGGCGACGAGGCUGCGAAAUUGAAGCUGGCAUUCAACCCCCAACUGGGAGGUCUACGACUGGAUCCCUCGAGUAUCCUGAACGAGGCGGAAUUUACCAAAAAGACGGAGGAGGACUCGAAAGAAUGGGCGAAAAGUGGCAAGAAGAAUGGCAGUGACAGUCGGUCGAGACGCGGAAUCAAUUCAAGAUCGUACAGAGAUGGCAACGAGCCACGUAUCAAGGUGGAAACAACGCAAGUUGGCGGCCGUGCUGAAGACUAUCGAUACAGUCGCGACUACGAACGGCGCAGUCGGAGUCGCAGUCGCAGUGGUAGCGACUCUCGCUAUGGAAGGGGGAGAGAAGCGACGGUCAAGUAUGAGCGAGACGAGAGCCGACCGCGUAGUGGAGAUCGUCGCGAUCGAUACGACUACGAGGACUACGGGUCGAGUGAUCGGUAUCGGGAACGCAGACGGGGAGACGACAAGUACGGCUCCUCUCGAGACAGAUCUUCCAACUACGACAAAGAAGAACGGAGCUACGAGCGUCACAGCGCUCGAGACGUCGACUACUACCGCGAUCCGUCCUACUUCGACCGUCGGGAGCGUAAAUCCGAUCGCAACGGCCAUCGUGAACGCGCCAGUCGCAGCAACAGCCGAAGCACAAGUCGAUCUCGAAGUCCCCGGGAGUCCUCAAGGAGCAGGAAGCGUAAACGAAACUACAGCAGCCGUGGUCGCUCGGACAGUCGGAGCCGCAGCUCGAGUCGAAGCCGCAGCCGAGACCGCAGCCACUACUACCGAGCAGAGGAUCCGUCUCCGUCUUACCGGGACUCGGAGCGACCUCGCAUCAAGCAAGAGCGAAGCGCAGCGUAG